AUGUGGAAGCUAUGCGCAGGAUGCUCCGACGCCAUAUAUCGCUUUCCCGCGACCCACCCUGUGGAUUCAUUAGACCUUGAAGCUACGCUGGUCUACACCGAACAAAACACCAGCACCAGCGCUUUCCAUCCACCCAACCCGAAAACCCACCGAAAACCGCCCAAAACCCCAUACCCAAAAUCCUCACAAAAUAAAUCCUACCAUGGGCCUCCCAACAUCCUCCACCACAACAACCUCAUCCACAACCUCGCAAUCCGACGACCCCCUAUCAACCCUCCUCCUCCCCCCACCCAACGAAACUCCCUCGGAAAGAAGCACCCGCCUGGAAGCAGAGGCGGCGGCAAGGAGAACUUUCGAAUGAAAUACGCACGCGCAGACUGGGACGCCGAGCGCGCGUCGUGGCGCGCUGUGAUCCAGCUCAACGUGAUCCGCUCGAUCAUUACGAUCGUAGAGGCUCUGCAGGCCGAGAUGGACGGGGAGCCCGAGGGCGAGGGCGAUCUGCAGCACCCUGUCAGUCCUGGUGGUGUUAGCAGUGCAGGUGGAGGGGGAGGGGGAGGGGGAGGGGGGGAAGCAAGUGGGAGUGGUGUGGUGGUAGGAGGCACGGGGAGGGAAGGGAGUAAACAGUUGUCGACGCUGUUGACGGGUAAACACCAGGUGCUGAAGAUGCGGCUUGGGCCGUUACGCCGUGUGGAGACGGAUCUGAAGAGGCGGCUUGGCGCGGGGUCGGAUGAGGAUAUGGGGUUGCCCUUGCCAUCGCCAGCGCCUGCUGCUGCUGCUGCUGCUGCGACGGGUGAUGGCGCAGCGACGAAUGUGCUGGGCGGAGCGAAUCUCGGACCGUUAAGUCUCGAAACGGAUUCGCAGGGUCUGGCGCGGCCGCUCGGUGCUGCGUCAGCGCAACGCGAGUUUGGAGUGACGCGGUUGCAGGAGGCGUUGCAGCGCGGGCAGCGCUUAGUGCGGAAGGGCUCGGCGCAGAGUGUGAGGAGGCAGGGGAGGGUGGGGAGUGGGCGUGCGACGCCGGUUGGUGAGGAUGGGGAGGAGGAGGGGGAGAUGGUGGAUGAUGCUACGGAGAUUCUGGCGAGUUGUUUGGAGGAUAUGAAGGCGCUGUGGACGGACGAUGUUGUUCGUGCCGUCCUCAAAAAGCGGAGGAUAAGGAUCGAGGAUACAGCUGGCUUUUUCCUGGACGACCUGGACCGUAUCGCACAGCGCGAUUACUCGCCGUCAGACGAUGACGUCGUCCGCGCCCGACUCCGCACGCUUGGUGUGCAAGAGUACCGCAUCAGACUGGACGACGGCCCGACUAGCAUCUUUGCGGGCGGUAUCGGCGGCGACGCAGGCAAAGAGUGGAUCUUGUACGACGUAGGCGGCUCGCGGACUGUGCGCCACGCGUGGUUGCCGUAUUUUGAUAAUGUCCAAGCUAUCAUAUUCCUGGCGCCCGUAUCAUGCUUCGACGAGCGCCUGACCGAAGACGCACGCGUUAACCGCCUCGAAGACUCCUUCCUCCUCUGGCGCACCGUCUGCUCCUCCAAGCUCCUCGCCAGCACGACCAUGAUCCUCUUCCUGAACAAAUGCGAUCUCCUCAAGAGGAAGCUGAAAGCGGGUGUGCAGGUGCGCAAGUAUCUGCCUAGUUAUGGUGAACGGGCGAAUGAUGUGAAUACUGUUGUGAAAUGUGCGUUGGCGAUGUCUUUGUGUUUUGGCGUUUCGUUGAUGUGUUUGGAAGAUUUGAGAGAAAAGUUUAAAGAGCAGCUAAAGGAACACUCUCCGACACAGCGCGCGAGCUACUUUUACGCUACGUCCGUCGUCGACACAAAAGCUACAGCGACGACUAUAAAAGCUGUCAAAGACAGUAUAUUGCGGGACUACCUCAAAAACGCCGAUUUCUUAUCGUGA